CCGCAGACAGAAUGGCGUCCGCCGCCAGGAGAGCAGGCGCUCUUCUGUUGACGCCCGCUCUGCUGACGCUAUGCUGGGCCCUCCCGCGGCCCCUCGUCACCACCGACACCAUGCUCAGCGACGAACCCCGCCCUACUGUGCGCGGCCUCCAGAGCAACUCAAGCAGCAACUCAAGCAGCAACUCAAGCAUCUCUACGUGCACCGGCAACUGCACCACAAAGGGGCCCGUCGCCGCUGCUGCUGAUGCUGGCAGCACCGAAGACACGAUCAUCGUCCCAACAGCACCGCCACCGGAUGGUGUUGAGGCCGCCGAUGCUAUUGACGCUGUUGCUGUUGAUGCUGGUCGUUUUGGUGUACGUGGUGAUGCCGCCGCCGCCGCCGCCGCCGCUGCCGCUGCUGCUGGUGAUGGUGCUGUGGACGAUAGGUACAGGGGAUGGGGAAAGAAGAUGCGCGCCCACCGUCCCGUCCCGGGCCCAGGGGUUUACCUAGGAGCCACCUUAGCGGUCAGACAGAGAGGGAGGGGGCGCACAGACAGACAGACAGGCAGAGAGAGCGGAUGGUGGUGCGCUGUGUGUCGUGUAUGGUGUGUGUCAGGGUGCCCAGCCGAUGUUGGCCUUCAACCAGCGCACGGGUAUCCACCAUGCGGCCUUCAUGCAGUUCAUCAGCUUCCCAAAUGUCACGACCGACGAGAAUAAACUCAGAGAGGUAAUCCACCGACCACACGCAAAGCAGCUCUUCCCUCCCCCGAACACACCAAUGCCCAUCUGUCUGCAGCUGGUGAAGUUCAUGCGCGAGUGUCGCGAGAACAAGGCCAUGGCAAUGUUGACCCUCCAGACGCCCAAGGGUCUCGAUUCGUACACGCGCAAGCACGUGAACGACUUUGCUCUCAUCCUCAACACCUGGAAAGACGUGCCGGUCUUCCUCCGAUGGAACCAUGAGAUGAACGGCAGGUGAUCAACGGUUCCAUCGGAGGCAAUUGAUGUCUCUCUCUCUCUCUCUCUCUCUCCACUCAUUCUCUGGGCGCGCGGAUGUGUGUAGCUGGAAUUCGUGGGGCCAGCAACCUGAGCUGUACAAGACCAAAUGGGAGGAAUUUGCAUCUGUCAUGCGGGUAAGAAAGGGAGAUAGAUGGCAUACGCGCUGGCUUCUGUUCGUUCAUUCGCUGUGCUGUGCGUGUGUCCUUCCUUAUGCGCUUAACAGAGGCUCGCCCAGCAAGUGGUAAACAAGGGAUGGACACUUCUCACAUACACUUGACUUACAUGUGAAUGUGAAUGUCGUCUAUGCGUGUGUCGAUUACCAGGCGAUGGUGUGGACGCCCAACCAGGAAUGGGUAAGAAAGGGAGAUGGACGGCACACGCGCUGGCUUCUGUUCGUUGCUGGCUUCUGUUCGUUCAUAUGCUGUGCUGUGCUGUGCUGUGCGUGUUCCCAGGGUUUCCCUUGGAAAGGCGGACCACACUACAAUGCGUAACCACCCGCCCGCCCACCCACCCAGACACGCCAUGCAACACGGUUGUCUUAUGUCUCCUCUUGUGUCACUUAAAAACUGCUGUCAGUUCAAUCGACCACUACGAUCCGUACAUGCAGUUUCUGCCCAACCCAGCGCUGAUCGACUGGAUCGGCAUCUCCUACUUUCACCUCGGCCACGAAGUCCGCGGCAGCCGACUUAUCCCAGGCAACAACAUCGUCCCACUCCCGCACUCCUUCUUCCCGCCCAUUGAGGAGUUCUACAGGUUCGCCGAGAAGCUCAACGAGCGCCUGGCCGAGGGCGAGGGACGGCCCCCGCGGCUGCCGGUGCUGAUCGCCGAGACAGGCGCGAUGUGGAACGUGGAUGGCCCCGUGAACAAGAUGUAUGGGAAGAGUACCUCUGGGAGUGUGUCGACCAAGAAGCGGGCGUUGGUGGCGCGGGAGGAUGAAGACUACAACUGCACAAAUGAGGGUGUCACCGAGGUGAGUGCGAACACGCACGGCCGCACUCGGGGUGUGUGUGUGUGUGUUUAGUACGAGGUGAAGCGUAUGUGGAUAGACGAGGUAUACGAUAUCGACGACAAAGGCAAGAACCUCAAAAGGGACUUCCCGCUGAUACGUGAGACGUACACGGACGUUUGCGCGAACAGUGAAAUGCUCAACUCAUGCAUGUCUCGUUUCGUUAUGCCGCUUACAUUUUGUAUGAUAAACCUUAGGGGCGAUCUUCUGGUUCAACGUCGCAAAACACGAACCUAGUCGGCGCCCACCCAUUCACCCACCCACGUCUGUCUGUCUGUUUGUCUGUCUGUCUCCCUGUUCAGGUUUCGGUGGUAUCUACGCCGAUUGGCGUCUGGACGUGCAGCCGGCCGUCGCGAUGUUCUAUCGCAAACAGGUCAAGGACGACUAUUUCCUACAGUACGCCGUCAUCCCCCCAAACGCCGACCCGCCGCCCCUCCCCGCCCCCAACCACACGUUACUCACCAAGGGCACAAGGGACAUCUCCUUCCUGGACCGGCUGCGUGUGUGCAACGCGCACCCACAUGAGGGGAAAGGGUUCCAUAUCCGCCAUCGGUCCACACGGCUGACCAGGAGUGGUGGCCCGUUGGGUUACAAGCGCUGCAGGGACUUCGAGACGAAACUUACAAGAGGAGACGGAAUCGAAUUCACCCUUGAUGGUACGCCGACCAAUAGACACCCAAGAGGGAGGAAAAACAAACACAUUUGUGUGUGCGUAGAUGGGGGGAGGGGGGCGUUCUAUGUGUCCGAGCUGCCGCCUGCUGAGGGGCUGUUGCUGCUGGUCGUCUACGGGCGUGAUAGCUUCUCCGCGGCAAACCUGCUUGGAUCACAGAUCGCCGUCAUAGACGCUUACAAGGUCUCUCUCACACAACGCACACAGAUGUGUGCAAUGUGUUUCACUCACCGUAUGUGCGUGCGUGUGUGUGCAGGGCGGCGCAGAAGCCCAUUUGUCGAUAUUCGACGACUAUCCUGAUUCAACAAGGUCCCGGUCUGAGGAGCUGAGAUUCGACACUGUCGUGGCCGUCAACGAGGGACCAUACAGGCACGCACCACGGGGCACAAGGAAGAAGGACGUCAGGCGGGCACGGUACAUGAAUGGAUGGAUUCUGUGUGAGUGUGCAGGGCCGUGUUGAGCAGUGACGACGGCGAAGAGAUCGACAGCGCCCCGAUUGUGUGCCGGAAAGAGUAAGGGUGGAUGGGAAGGAAUGAAAUGGCACGCCAAUCCAACACAUGCGCUGUGCACAUGCAGUGAUUCGUAUGUGGUCAUCCGAGUGGGAGCCGAGCCUUCGCAAUCCGGCGGCAAAAGAUACCCUCAGGUGUGUACAAGUGGUAGGGUGGAUGCCUUGUGUCCACGUGUCGAUCGUUCUUUCAGGAGCUGUUGGUCUAUCCCCCGCCCCUCCCGCCUCCACGCACCGGAGCAGCCACCACCACGGCACCGCCGGCAUUGGCCGUAUCGUUGUCCCUGCUGCUGGCUGUGCUCGUCAGCGCUGAUUGAUUCCACUGCUCCUUUGCAUACGGACCCCCCACUCCGCCCUCAGAGAUGUAAAUUAGCCAUUGCGCAUGCGCGGGGGUAGUUAGCAAUGGGUAGUUAGGUCUUUGUCGUCAGGUAUGGAUGAGCUGAUGGUAAUUCAAGUGAUAGGAAGUUUGGCGCUGGAGAAUGAGCCUUUAAUUAGUUGUACGCUGGUGUGCUGGUUGAUGUGUCUGAGGGGGGGGGGGGGGGG